ACUGCCAACUUGCCUUUGUCAUCCAAGGUCCAAAAUGUAAGAUAAGCAGUUGGACCAAUUCUGAGAUUGCAUGGUUUAAUAGCGUCUCCCUUCUGAAUUCCCUUGCUGAAUAUUCUCUCAAUAGCACUCCGCUACCAUUUAUCCUUCAGCUCUUCAGUGUUCAGACUUAAAAGCAAAAGAAAAGAGGAAAAAGCUUCCAGCUUGAAGAAAAUGGAGAAGUCUGGCUAUGGCAGAGAUGGGAUAUUCAGAUCUCUGAGGCCACCUUUCGUCCUUCCCAAACCCUUGGACAACAAUCUUUCCAUGGUCUCAUUUUUGUUCAGGAACAUCUCAUCGUAUCCAGAUAAACCAGCCCUUAUAGACUUCCAUACUGGCCAAACCUUAACUUUCAUUCAAUUCAAAUCAAUCGUUUCCAAAGUCUCUUAUGGCCUAUUUCACCAUCUGGGCAUCAACAAAAACGAUGUUGUUUUGAUCUUUGCUCCCAAUUCAAUCCAGUUCCCCAUUUGUUUCUUUGGGAUAAUCGCUAUAGGUGCCAUAGCCACCACCGUUAAUCCCAUUUACACAGUUUCUGAGCUUUCCAAACAAGUCAAAGACUGCUCCCCUAAGCUUAUCAUCACUGUCCCUGAAUUGAUUUCCAAAGUUUCUGGUUUUAAUUUGCCGAUUUUGCUCCUGGGGUCAGAUAAAAAUCAAGACUUUGGCAGUAAAUUAUCCGGGAAAGUCCUGUUUUUUGCUGACUUGAUCAGGAUAGUUGGGCCAAUGAACUGGGAUAUCUCUAGUACUGUUAUUAAGCAAUCGGACACUGCUGCAUUGUUGUACUCUUCUGGGACAACUGGUAUAAGCAAAGGUGUAGUCUUGACGCAUGGGAAUUUUAUUGCUUCCUCAUUGAUGGUGACUGCUGAUCAAGAACUUGCAGGGGAAUUGCAUAAUGUGUAUUUGUGUGUUCUGCCUAUGUUUCAUGUUUUUGGGCUUGCUGUUAUCAUGUAUGCACAGCUGCAGAGGGGUAAUGCUGUUGUUUCAAUGGGAAAGUUUGAUCUGGAAAUGGUUUUGAAAGCUGUUGAAAAGCACAGGAUCACUCAUAUGUGGGUUGUGCCACCAAUCAUAUUAGCUUUGGCUAAGAAUAGUGUGGUUAAGAAGUAUGAUUUGUCAUCCUUGAAGCAGAUUGGAUCAGGGGCUGCACCACUGGGGAGGGAAUUGAUGCAAGAAUGUGCUAAAAAUUUCCCUCAUGCUCUGGUUUUUCAGGGCUAUGGUAUGACAGAGACUAGUGGGAUCGUCUCAGUGGAGAAUUCAAAUUUAGGCGCUAGACACUCUGGCUCAGCAGGAAUGCUUGUUCCAGGAGUUGAAGCUCAAAUAGUUAGUGUGGAGAAAUCGAAGCCUCUUCCUCCAGGCAAGUUAGGUGAAAUCUGGGUUCGGGGACCAAACAUGAUGCAAGGUUAUUUCAACAACCCACAAGCCACAAAGCUCACCAUCGAUAAACUGGGAUGGGUGCAUACUGGUGAUCUUGGAUAUUUUGACGAGGAAGGACAGCUAUAUGUAGUUGAUCGUAUUAAAGAACUCAUCAAGUACAAAGGUUUUCAGGUUGCACCUGCAGAGCUUGAGGGGCUGCUAGUUUCUCACCCUGGAAUAUUAGAUGCUGUUGUCAUCCCAUUUCCUGAUGCUGAAGCUGGUGAAGUCCCAGUUGCUUAUGUUGUCCGCUCUCCCAAUAGCUCACUGACUGAAGAAGAUAUUAAAAAGUACAUUGCAGAUCAGGUUGCGCCUUUCAAAAGACUGCGAAGGGUGACAUUCAUUAACAGCGUCCCAAAGUCAGCUUCAGGCAAGAUUCUUAGAAGAGAACUUAUUGAAAAAGUGAGAUCAAAGAUUUAGGAUUCUGUUGCAUGUUUAUUGCAUGGUCCGUGUUAAACAGAAGAAUGGCACUAUUCUAUGAGUGCUAAUGUCGUAAUAAAACAGAACAAUUCAUCUCUUUUGUUGUAGAAUCUUGAUGACUAAUGUCUUCUCUUCAUUCUUUUA